UAUAAUGUUCACAACGAAGGAAAGAAAAUUACAUAACUAGAAUUCUCCUCAACGUAAGCUAUAAAAACAGAGGCCAUGAGUCCACUUCAAUUACUCAAUCUGACGACAAUGGACACAGCGUUUCUCUCAAACCCUCUUCUCGUUUAGUCUCCACCUUCGUAUCCCUCACUCCUCUAAUAAUAAAUAUUUGAAAAGCUAUGGAUUUGUGUCACUAUAUGAGGUAGGGCAUGAAAGAACAUUCCUGAGACUUAUUCUGUGAAUAACAUUUUCUUCAAUCUGUUGUAUCCAAUAUAGCAAAAUCCGCAGUCUUGGGUAUCAUCCAACUGUCAAGGUAAUGUCAUUCGUGAAGCAUCUUAGAGAUACUGUAGGAUCCACCUACCAUUUCGUAUUUCAGUUGUUCAGAUCUCGAUCUUGUUAGACCAACUACAUGAUAGAGAAAGAUUGAUUUCCUUUAUUUAUUUGGCAACAAUGACAGAAUUCUUCAACUACACAACUUGCAGACAGCUGUUGCAAAUGUUCUUGGCAAUAAUCUUUUUCCACAUUUCUGAGUUCAUUCUGGCAAUUGCCAUCCACGGUAGAUCAAAUGUAAGUUGUAGGUCUCUUUUGAUUAGCAAAAACUAUCUUCUGGCAAUGAUUUGUUCACUGCUAGAGUACUUUCUUGAAGUUUACUUUUUCUCUGGGUUGAAAGAGCAGUACUGGUGGAUCAGCGACUUUGGACUCGUAAUGGUUGUAAUUGGGGAAAUCAUACGGAAGAUGGCAAUUUUAACAGCUGGUCAGGCCUUCACUCAUCUCAUUAAGACGUACCACGAUGAGGAGCAUCACCAAUUGGUUACUCACGGUGUCUAUAGAUUUGUUCGUCAUCCGGGAUAUUGUGGGUUUUUCAUUUGGUCAAUAGGCACUCAGAUAAUGCUCUGUAACCCAAUAUCAACAAUUGCAUUUGCCAUUAUUGUUUGGAACUUCUUUGCGAAACGGAUACCAUAUGAGGAGUAUUUCUUGAGGCAAUUUUUUGGGUCAGAAUAUGAUGAAUAUGCCUCUCAGGUUCCUUCUGGGAUUCCAUUUGUGGAGUAGUAAGAAUCUAUGAAAUUUUUAGAGUGUGUCAUCAAGAAAGCGCUAAGGCUGUUUAUGCAAAGACGUUAGUCUGAAGCUUUGUCAAAGCCGAUUCAAUUCAUGGGCUGGAUGGACUGGAUUAUUCUUGAAGAACCAAACAUUUUAGAUGGUUUGUUUACUUGUUAUGUUCCUGUUGGAGAUCUCAUUGGAAAUCAAUCAGUCUUCUUGUGAUAUACUAAACUCGGUAUGUGUACCUUCCAUAGAUGUGACUGUUGAGUCUUGAUCCCAAGCCAUUACGCACAAAGUUGCAAGAUUUGCAAUCAUCACUAGUAAUAUUUAUGCGUUUUUGUCGCAUGACUUUUUCAUUGACAUGAAAUAACGGAUGCCCUUUCUUAUCGGCCUUUGUUUCUUUGUAUAUUACUGGGCUCUAUAUGCUUAAGCAGAAAGUAGAAAAGUUCUUCAUUCGUGCUGCUGGAUGACAUAUUAUUGUCCUUGGAUUAUCACAAUAAAUGGUUACAUAGUAUUCUGUUAUCGUGUGCA